AGUGUGGGUGUUGUUGGCGGGGAUAUUUUAUAUAGGUGCAGUGGAGCGGUAGCUUUCUUCUGAUUUGAGGGUACAGUGGAUUAAUCCGGAUGUUCCCCGUUAUCGCUUAAAACUUAGAUCAAGUAGGCGUUGCACGAAGCAGGGCGAUUGUUUCGAGCACCUGCCCUGAGAGUUUCAGUCAUCACUCAUCAGCCUUUCCUAUAAUGUGUGACUUAACGAUAAUCUGAUUGUGAAGAAAUUGUGGUAAUUAUAGUCUUUUUUAUUCAAAAGAACUCUGGCUCCAAGUUCAUUAUUGAAGCUCUCACCUCUAUAUCAGCAGCAUAUAGCAAAACCAUCACCAUGCUUGCAUCCAGAAUUGCUGGCAGCUUUCGAACCCAGCCUAUGAGACAGAAACUUGUCUCUCCGCUGGUGACCUCGGCAAAAAAACUCAGCACAGAGCAUACGUUCGAAACCAAGCCGUCCCUGAUGCACCGCGCCGAGACGGAGCCGUCUGCGACUGUGUCGCUGACGCGUGACGAUGCGCUCAAGCUGUACCGGCGCAUGCAGACGAUCCGACGCAUGGAGACGGCCGCCGGCAACCUGUACAAGGAGAAGGCAAUCCGCGGCUUCUGCCACCUCUACUCGGGACAGGAGGCCAACUGUGUGGGCAUGAAGGCGGCCUUGAUCGAGGGCGACUCUGUCAUCACGGCGUACCGCUGCCACGGCUGGACCUACGAGAUGGGCGCCGCGCCAAAGGAGGUGCUGGCCGAGCUGACGGGCAAGGUGUCUGGCUGUGCGCGCGGCAAGGGCGGCUCCAUGCACAUGUACGCGCCCAACUUUUACGGAGGAAACGGCAUCGUGGGUGCACAGUGCCCGAUGGGAGCCGGUAUCGCUCUGGCGCACAAGUACAAUAAAACGGGCAACGUGUGCCUGACACUGUACGGAGACGGAGCCGCCAAUCAGGGUCAACUGUUCGAGGCAAUGAACAUGGCUGCGCUCUGGGACCUGCCAGUCAUCUUCAUCUGCGAGAACAACCACUACGGCAUGGGCACGGCCGUGUCUCGCAGCUCGCACAACACCGACUACUACACGCGCGGUGACCUCAUCCAGGGCAUCAAGGUGGAUGGUAUGGACGUGCUGGCCGUCAGAGAGGCCACCCGCUGGGCCGCCGAACAGUGCCGAAACGGAAACGGACCCGUUGUUAUGGAAACGGAGACCUACAGGUACUCUGGCCACUCGAUGUCGGACCCGGGCACCUCGUACCGGACCCGCGCCGAGAUUCAGGAGGUGCGCCAGAACCGCGACCCCAUCACCUCGUUCCGGGACAAGAUCCUCGGCGCCGACCUCGUCACCGCCGACGAACUCAAGGAGAUGGACACCGAGAUCCGGAAAGAGAUCGACGACGCCGUGCACGCGGCCAAGACCGACCCAGAGAUCGGCAUGGAGCACCUGUCGUACGACAUCUACAGCGACGACCUGGGCCACAACAUGGUGCGCGGCGUGUCACCAUUCGUUCAGCUGCCGCACAAGGUCACCGGCCAGGCCGUCAACCGGAAGUGAGCACUUCCGAUGGUAUAAUUAGGAGACGUAUUGAGCGGAAGGAAGCGACUGCCACGGAAGUUUUGACGUUUUAUCUGAAUGGAUCGUGUGCGUUUUGGUGUCGGUGGAUCUGUGUUUGAUUUGAGCCAUGUAUGAGAGCGAGGCGACUGCGGGACGCCUGGUCAGGAAAUGUAGACGAGUUCGGAGAGACGGCCGGCAUGCCGAAUUGUGCAAUCGUCAGGGUCGAGGCCGUGUCAGGGACGCCGUGCGGGUGCCGAGUAGACGGUCAGCUGGUCUGACCUCAGGAGUCAGUCUCGGGGAGGGAACAGUCGAGUGGCGCGCCUGUCUUGACGGCCGAUCGCGGGCAGGUGAGAGUGUGACAAUAACAGCAGCGCUGUCGCCACCGGGGCGAUGCAGCAAAACGCCCGCUCAGUAUCAGUAGUGGCCUGUCUUGUGGUUAUGAGCCAUACUGUGUUGAAUAGUCACUGGAGGAACGAUA